GAAAACGCGUUUAUCUGUCACAAACGCGUUUCAGUUCUUGUGUUCCAUUUGUUUAUAUAUGUAUAUAAAAACAUACCCUUUUGCCUUUUCUCUUGCUUUUUCAAAUCCAAUUCUCUCAAUUUCUCUUUUCUCAAUCCGUUUUGUUCUUUCAUUGAAAAGGGUACUGGUGAAUAGUGAAUAGUGAUGUUUCUCUCUAGAUUUUUUGUGCUUGUGUUCACAGCUUGCUUUCUUCUGUUUCCAGCCAAUGGAAUUAGAUCUUUUGCUGGUUAUGAAACUGAGGUUGAAGUUGAUUCCUUUGUGCAAUUCAGAGAAGCCCCUGAAUACAGAAACCAGAAAAAGUGUACUCUGCUUGAUUCAAGCAAUGUUCCAAUGGCAUCUUCAUGUGAUCCUUCACUUGUGCAUAUUGCAAUGACCAUUGAUUGGCACUACUUGAGAGGGUCCAUUGCUGCAGUGCACUCUGUGUUGAAACACACUUCCUGCCCUCAGAAUCUGUUCUUUCACUUCAUAGCAUCAGAUGCAAGAUUGGAGAGCAGGGAUGAGUUUGAAAGGAUUGUUCAAACCUCCUUUCCUUCCUUGAGGUUUGAAGUUUAUGUGUUUGAGGAAAGUCUUGUUGGCAACCUGAUAUCUCCUUCCAUCAGGGAAGCACUUGACAACCCGCUUAACUAUGCAAGAACUUACCUGGCUGAUUUGCUUGAUCCCUGCAUUGAGAGGGUUAUAUACUUGGACUCUGAUGUUAUAGUUGUUGGUGAUGUUCAAGAGCUUUGGAAGGUUCCAUUGACAGGGUCAAGGGUGAUUGGUGCUCCUGAAUAUUGCUAUGCAAACUUCACCAGAUACUUCUCCUAUGAGUUUUGGUCCAGUGCUGAGUUCUCUGAGGUGUUUGAAGGGAAAAGGCCUUGCUACUUCAACACUGGGGUGAUGGUGAUGGACUUGUUGAGGUGGAGAGAGGGUGAUUACACAAGGAAGAUUGAGAAGUGGAUGGAGAUUCAAAAGGAGAGAAGGAUCUACAAGUUAGGGUCACUCCCUCCUUUUUUGUUAGUUUUUGGUGGUGAUGUUGAGGCUAUUGAUCAUAGAUGGAACCAACAUGGUCUUGGAGGGGAUAAUGUUAGAAACAGUUGCAGAACUUUGCAUCCUGGUUCUGUCAGUUUGCUGCAUUGGAGUGGGAAAGGGAAGCCAUGGACAAGGCUUGAUGCUAAGAAGCCUUGCUCAGUGGACUUUCUCUGGGCACCUUACGAUCUCUAUAUACCUUCUCAGCAUAAGAGAAUUGCUACUGCUACAAUGCAUUCGCCAUUUUAGCACAUAAGUUUAUAUUGGUUUAUCUGAUUCAUCUGUUCUGAUUUUUUUUGACAGACAGAACAAUCAACAGAUUUUGUAAUGUUUGUUCAUAGUUUUUCAAUAGUGUAGUUACAAAGAAUAUAUCACAGGGAACAUGUCGAUGCAAUUGGAUAUACUGAGUUUAGUUUUCAGGA